AUGUAAAAAAUUGAAUUUAGUUGUACUAUUUGUUUGAAUCUUUUAAGCGAUCCAACCUGCUUAUCUUGUGGACAUACUUUUUGUGAAAAGUGUAUCAAUCACCAUUUGAAAUUAAAUCAUUCUUGUCCUCUGUGUAGAAAACCCACUUUACCUGAUUGGCCAAUCAACGAAAUGCUAAAAGAAGCACUCUUGAUACUUUUUGAACAAGGAUAAGAAGGUAAUUCUUAAAUACCUAUCUAAAUUUUAGUUCUCCAAACAGAAUUCCCAUAAAUAAUUUUAUGUUUGGAUUGUGGCCUUACUCCUAUUAAUCCUGUAGUAUUACCUUGUUAACACCUCUUCUGUCUUUAAUGUUUUCAAAAUGACUUGAUCUAGCAAUAUUGUCCAGUUUGUCUUCAACAAUGUAUGGUUACAGAACCUAAUAUCAAUAUUCUUUUCAAUCAACUUUUGCAAUGGUAUUGUGAAACUGAUGAAAAAGUUGUUCUCCAAAAUUAGCAUAUACAUUCUAUGCCGAUAUUUCUAUUUGAUAAACAAAUUUGCUAUAAAAGAAAUUACUCUCUGAGAAUUGUAGAAGAUAGAUAUAAAUAGCUUAUUAAACUUGCAUCACAUGGAUCUGGUAAAUUUCCUGUUGUUCCUUUUACUGACAAGUUACCUGUCUAUGCAGAUAUGGUAGAAAUUGUUAGCAUUACAGAUCAGAUAUAAAUUAUUGGACAAGAUAGAUUGAUUAUAGAUGCAAUUUAUUGUUUUAUAAAUGAUGAAAAAAUACCAUUCACUCCAAAUACUUUUAAAGCUUUACCAAAUCAAUUAUGGUUAUGUAAUUACACUGUUAUCUAAGAUAAUAUAGAUAAAUCAGCUAUAUGGAAUAAAAUUAAACAAUUUAUUCAAUACUCCUUCUCAGAAUUAACUGAAGAAAUGAAAUCAUUGUUCGAAAAACCAUAUCAUUUAAUGAGUAUUUUUGGAAACAAAUUUCACUAACUUAAUUCUGGUCUUAUUAUGAUACAAUUAUUGAAGAUUAAUAAUCAGCAAUUUUAAAAACUAUAUUAUUCUAAUGAUGAAUAAUUCAGAAAUUUAUUCAUCUGGAAUUUCAUUAAUCAAAUUUAAUCUAAAAUUAUUAAAAUUAUUGGUCCUUAAUCUAAUAAUGCUAAAUUUAAACAACAAGCUAUCGAAUAGGAAAUAUAACCACCUAAUUUACAAUUUCAUAACAUUUAUGAAGAAGAUGAUGAAGAUACUAUAGAAGAUUUAAAUUAAUCAUUCUCAAAUAUGACAAUAACUCAACAAAUUAUUCUCAAUCUUUUCCAUCUUCAUAAAGUUCCAUUAUUUUAGUGA